AUAACAUAUAUAGAUCUACUUCUUAAAAAUGAUUUCAUCAUCUGUGGGCAUUCAAUUCCAUUGCUCAAAUUCAUUUAUCAAGUCUUUAAUUCACCCAAAUACAAUCGCAGCACUAUCAUACCAUGUCCAUUUGCUUUCUACGAGUUAGAAGCCUCUCUUUCAUUUAUAAUUUUACAUUUUACGCUUCUCUACAUUCGAUAAAGAGGCAGAUCCCAUUAUUUUCGUUAUUGUUACUGUCGUCUGUUUUGAUAUUCAUUUUGAUAACACUACAUUUAGGAAAAAAACACUGUACUGGUUUAAGACCUUAUAUUUCACAGUGAAAACCAAAUUUAAUGCCCUUUUUGAAUGCGAACUAUCCACUGGACUUAAACAGCUAGAGUUGACCAAUCGAUGGAGACAUAAUAUUUUCCUCCAUGUUUGCAUUUUGUUUACCGGCUUCUCUUUUUACACUUAACUAUAUUCGGGGAUGAAAAACCGAAAGCAAUAUAGUGCCGAAGCUCCAAGCCAAACACGCGUACGUUAUUUGUGCUUCAGAUGCUUCAGGUUAAUUGACAUAUAGUUUCUUUGUAGUUGUUUUGUUUCUUCUCUCGUUUUUGCUUUAGUCAUUAGAGUCAUUAGAAGAUAUUGUAUUAUUAUUCGUUUAAGUACUGAUAUCUAGACAGAUGUUAUUAGCUAUCACAACAACAGACUAUAAGUAAGUGUGUGUGCGUUCGGGUUUAACGCCUUUUUCAACAAUUUUUCAGUCAUAUAAACGACGGUGUCUACUUGAGCACACAUGCCCAACUUUAUAGUGCUGCCUCACUGGAAUAUCACGCCGUAGACACGUGACAUGAUACCCCACCCAGUCACAUUAUACUGACACUGGAAGCGAGGAAGCUACUAGUACGAUAUUUUUACUUCUUUGGUUAGACGCGGCCGGGGAUCGAACCCACGACCUCCCGCACUCGAAGCGGACGCUCUACCACUAGGCUACCGAGGUGGUCACCUAUAAGUAAGUGCCGUGUGGAAAGUCCGCCCGUACUUAAAUUAAAAUUUGUUAUAAUUGUUAUAUUUCUGAUCCUUUGGGAUCAUUUGGGAUCAUGGAGAUUUUUUUUUAGUUUUGUUCAAAUAGAGUUCCACUUAAGCUGGUGCUUGAAGACUUGAGCGACAUUGCACAUUCCAUUACUCCUCAUUAACAAACUCGUGAACAAACUCAUUGAGACUGGGUACGCUGUUGUUUUGUUUGAUUGCAUUCUUUGCAUCCAAAGGAUUUUACUAAAGAUUUAUCCAAACUUAAUCGUUAUCUAAUGCCCAUCAUUUAACUACUCAGGUUAAUUACCGAGGUACCAAUCUUUGAAAGCAGUAACUUUUCCUUUAAAAAGAAACGGCUGUGGCCAAGUGAUUAAGGUUGCUGACUUCAAAAUACUUGCCUCCCAAAACUUUUGGUUAGAGUUUCGCUUCGGGCGUUGAAUUUUUCAUGCAGCUAGUACAUGCGAUACAUUAGCUGACAAUCUUCAAAAUUAUUGUAUUAAAAGAUUUUGCUGCAAUGAUCAAGUCAUUUUUUGUGGAACUUUUGAAUUAACAAUCCCUUGCCACAGUUAUUUUAAAUUUUCUAUAUGUUUUAUUUGUCCGCCUUACUUUUGUACACUGGUUUGCCUGCAUACUUACGGUCAUGAUUACGAAUAUUUCAUAAUCAAAGACAUUACUGUCUAGCACAUUCUAAACUCCUCCUUAUGGCACGUUUUACAUGAAAAUACACGUUUUUGCUCUCGUAAGCUAUAUCACGUUAAGUAUAGUUUAUUUUUGUAUGUGUACGUUUUUAAUAACAUAAACGGAUAUAUAUAACAGGCAUUUAUGCUUAAUUUGUAGUUUAUUUUUUUAUGGUUCUGUUGUUUUCCAAAAAUAAGUGAUUGCUUUGAAAAAUAAUAUAGACUUGAAGCGAUUUCCCUAGCUCCUUUUGGUGAAGGUUUUGAAUUGACAAUUCAUUUUCAAUCUUAAAUUUUGAAUUUGUUUUAUUUACACUCUCUGCUUUACAUUUUUACAUAAUACAUGGAUAAUACUGCUUGAAUGUGUUGCCUGUAAAUAAGGUCUUUGAUCCUCUUUGUUUAGUUUUGACCGUCGUUUUCUCAUUUAGGGCAAACCUAUUAUUUUAACUGAGGACCAUGCGCCGCUUUUCAUGAAAUUACACGCUAGUGUAUCAUUGAAGGUUCCAUGUCAGCCGCCAUAUGACACAUCUGCGGAUGUCUCUAAAUUGUUUUUUUUUUGUACUUGCAGCAUGUGUAAAUGUUGAGUUCUGCUCAACCCGGAGCUAGAGGGUCCGGACGGUCGCAUGAAUUUCCACUUCCGUCCACGAACAGGCUCAAUCAAACCAAGCCUGCAACAUUUUCGUUUUUGUCGUGUUGACCGACCUGUGGAGUUUCCACUUUUUCUGCUUUAUCAUCAUAAUUAGAAUAUGCUUUGCAUAAGGCCAAGUUCCAUCAACGUGUUUUGAAACUUUAAUCGAAAUUAAAGAUAUCUAAUGUUUAAAACAGUUAUGAAUUCCAGUGUAUAAAAUACGUCGUUCUGAAUUUACCUAAUUAUAUAUAUUAUGAAGGUGUGCAUUACUAGUCUCUAAAAACAGCAAAAUGGUAUGCAAGUGCAUAAGCUAUUUAAAAUUUAAUUAUUAUGGCAAAUGUUUCUGCAUAAGCUAUUUAAUAUCUUAUUAUUACGGCUAAUGUACCUGAAAAAACAAAAAACAGUCUGAAGUGUGUACAAGCAUGACAGUACAUUUUAUAUUUUAUAUUUAUUUUCAUAUUUUAACAUAAUAGUAUAUAUAUAUAUAUCAUAUGUUACUCGAUUCUCGUUUGUGAUCAUAAUAAAGUGAUUGUUUUAGAAAACUGACAAACAUUGGACAAACUGCACACAUAAUACAAUAUGAGUGACACGAUACCCGGCGGCCAAAGCAAACCAUGGAAAUAUGACGUAGACAAAGGAUUUGCUUGGAUUGUCCUGAUAGGAUGUUUUGUGAUGUACAUGUUUGUGAUUGGAAGUUUCAAGGCCUUUGGUCUACUCUAUACGGAGAUGGUAGAGUAUUAUUCUGCAGGGUCUGGCAAUACAGCCUGGAUAAGCGCUAUAUCCUUAACACUGCUAUAUUGUCUAGGGCCUAUAGCCAACCUUCUAUGCAAACUGUACUCAUUCCGACGUGUAACUAUGGUAGGAGGUAUUUUAUUUGGGCUUGGAUAUUUCCUGUCGGGAUUCGUAACAAAGAUGGAAUACAUGUACUUUACAUUCUUUAGCACUGGUCUUGGAUAUGGAUUAUCUUUUGCGCCUUGUUCAACAAUUAUCAGUUAUUAUUUCGAUAAACGUCGAGCACUUGCUAACGGUAUCAUGGUGUCUGGAAGUGGUGUUGGGGCAAUUGCACUUCCUUUUCUUUACAAGUAUCUAAUUGAACAGUAUGGUCUGAAUGGAGCGUUUUGGAUCAUCGGUGCAACGUUUUCUAACGUUUGUGUAGCGGCUUGUGUGUUUCGGCAACCAAGAUAUUUGGUUGAGGAACAGAAAGAAAAACUUCGUGCAAAUAAACACACAGAGGAUGAAUAUGAUGUAUGUGCUAGCCAAUUGGUGGACGGGAAAGGUGAUAAAAAUGCUGUUCGAAAUAUUUAUAAAGGACUUUGUUCUGCUCUAGAUCUGAGGUUUAAUCUUUUAAAAAAAACACUGUUUACUCUAUACCUUAUAUCAUUCAUGUGUUGUGGAUUUGCAUUUGUAGGAAGUAUCAUCCUUAUCCCGAGCAGUGUAAAGACACUUGGUUAUGAUAAAACAUAUGUAGCACUUAGUGUAAUAAUAUUCGGUGGCGUAGAAGUUGUUGCAAGAAUACUGAUCGGAUGGUUUGCAGAUUUACACAUAAUUAAGUGCAAGUACAUAUACGUUGUAAACAUGUUCAUUGUUGGGGCAUUCUCUCUGAUUGCCCCAUUAUUUGAAAGUUUUUCCUUCAUUGCUGUCUACGCUACAGUAGCGGCAUCGUUUGCAGGAUCAUACUUAAGCUUGCGUUCAGUAUUGAUAAUAGAAGCUGUGGAUCUGGAGAAUUUUUCCUCUGCAUUUGGAUUACUUUCCUUAACACAGGCAAUAGGUGUUCUCCCAGGUCAGCCUGCUAUGGGUUGGUUGUACGACUUGUAUGGAAACUGGAAUCCAUCAUUCAUUCUGACUGGGUUUAUGUAUAUAUUGGCCGGAAUCAUUGUACUACUGGAACCCUUCGUAGUCCGAUGUUGGACAAAAUCAGACAAUGAAGAUCUGUGUUCACCUGACAACCAAAACCAAAGCCAUGAUCAAGGCAAACCAACCGACGGCACCUGUAAAGAUGAAUUACAAUCAUCAGAUACUAGUUUCUCAUCUUAGGCAUAUUUGUUGUUUGAAUCAAAUUGUAAAUGCAAUAUUUAUAUCGUAAAACAUUCAGUAUGUAACGCAUUUACGCUCAUAGAUAAACAACAAUCAAUAAAACUACCAAAAUCUUU